UUCACUGUUGUUAAAGGGAUUAUAAAAGUAAAAAAGUGAUUCUCAAUCAUGUAGAAAGCCAGCCAGACUGUAGUAGAGCGGGUCAUUUCAGGUGGCACAGUGUAUAUGGAUAAAAAAGAGGCUGUGUUGACAGUUUGAGCUGGUCAGGUUGGAUACUUGUUGCCUGUAUUAACCAUAUGAAUACAGUUCAAUCAAACAAUACGAAAUGACUGCACAGAAAGGACAGCGGAGCAGAAUGAACUUUGACCCACUGAGCCUUCACACAGUUACCCCAUCUGUCUGCCAUCAGGUUCGGGCCCUGUGCUUUUAGUCACCUCAGACUGCAGGUCUUGAGCCAUGUCUCUGGGCUCAGCCCUACUGAUCCGCCAUGUGGCUGGAGGCUGCUGCAGAGUGUGGUGUGGUGUUCCUCCACCGCUGGUCCACAUCAGAUUAGCCAGUGCAGCUGAGCCAGGCACAAGGACAACUAAUGAAGAACAACUCUGGGAGGCAGCAGGGCACCUGCCGUUCUCUGGAGCCAAAAUAGGAUCUUUCUUUCAGGAAAGACCAGUGCUGAAGAACCCAUUUCUAGAGGACGCCUUGCUAAGAGGAUACCUGAGGAGACACCUGCCUGAGGAGGCAGCUAUAUCUGACUUGCGUGCAUUUGGAGAGCGUAUGGCAAAUGAGGUGGACGCCUGGGGUCGGGAAUGUGAGGUAACUCCUCCACGGUUGGUGCACUUUGACCCCUGGGGUCGCAGAGUGGACCACAUCGUAACCUCCCCUGCCUGGAAACGCAUGAAAGACCUGUCGGCACAGGAAGGGCUGGUUGCCAUUGGCUAUGAGAGGUCAUUUGGGGAGUGGAGUCGUGUGUAUCAAAUGAGCAAGCUGUACAUCUUCUCUCCCUCCUCUGGUCUCUUCACAUGUCCGCUGGCCAUGACCGACGGAGCUGCUAAAGUAAUCCAGGUGUGUCAGAAAAAUUCCAUAGGUGUUUCAUGGCCAGUAGAUGAAGCCUACAGCCGCUUGACCACCCGGCAGCCUGAGCAUUUCUGGACAUCUGGACAGUGGAUGACUGAAAGACAGGGGGGAUCCGACGUGGCCAGUGGCACAGAGACGCUGGCUGUUCCCCAGACAGACGGUUCAUACAAAUUACACGGCUUCAAGUGGUUCACCUCUGCUACAGAUGCAGACAUGACUCUUACCCUGGCCAGAGUGCAGGACAGAACAGGAGCAACCACAACAGGCAGCAGGGGUUUGUCUUUGUUCUAUGCAGAAGUGAGUAGAGACGAGGAUGGCCGGCUGAAUGGUAUAGAGGUUCAGAGACUGAAAGACAAACUGGGCACAAGACAGAUGCCGACCGCUGAGUUACUGCUGGACGGCCUGCCGGCACACAGGCUCUCAGAGAAAGGAAGAGGUGUGGCCUCCAUAGCAAACAUGCUGACUAUAACCCGGAUACACAACAGCGUCUCUGCAGCAGCCGCAAUGAGAAGGGUGGUCCAGUUAGCUCGCGACUAUGCCACUCGCCGCACUGCCUUUGGAAAGCUCCUUAAAGACCACCCGCUGCACAUACAGACUCUCGCUAGGAUGGAGGUGGAGACUCGAGGAGCUUUCAUUCUGGUGAUGGAAGUGUGUCGUCUGUUGGGCCGAGAAGAAAGCGGAAUCGCGACCCAGCGUGACGCACACCUGCUGCGUUUGCUCACUCCUGUGGCCAAACUGUACACUGGAAAGCAGGCGGUGGCUGUUGUGUCGGAGGGUUUGGAAAGCUUCGGUGGACAGGGCUACAUUGAGGAUACUGGGUUGCCUGGAAUACUUCGCGAUACACAGGUUUUGAGUAUUUGGGAAGGAACGACGAAUGUUCUGUCUCUGGACGUGCUGCGCUGUGUGGCUCGUAGCUCAGGAAUGGUCUUUCAGGCUUACUUCACCCAUGCAAAGUCACUGCUUGCAGGUGCAUCAGGUGUUUCCACGUUGUCGCCGGCGGUGAAAGCAGUAAGUGGUGCUCUCUCUGAACUGGAGGACUUCCUUCAGGUCGCAGCUACAAAAGCACCUGGCUACUUAGAACUAGCAGCCAGAGACCUGGCCUACAGCCUGGCUCGCAUCUACACAGGUGCCCUUCUCAUUGACCAUGCCAGUUGGGAGGGAGCCUCUUCAUCUGACACCUAUGCAGCUCUCAGGUGGUGUGAACAGGACUUGUGCCCUGUGGCGACUAAACAGGCGGGAGGCUGCUAUGAUCUCAGCACAGCGCCACUUGAUGCUGCACUAGUGUAUGACCGGCCCAUCCAAGGCUGAAGGUUCACUGAUAACUGAUUAACCUCAACUUAGUUCUGUGACAAAUCUAGUCACUGUAUCCCUCAUUAUAUUUAAGUUUGUAGAUUACUUAGACAAUGUUUUAUAUAUAUAUAUAAAAAAAGAAAUAUGAAUAAAACCCACUUCUGUACAAGCACAGAAAACAAACUGAAAAUUGAGUAUCUAAAACAAUAUAGUCCUGUCAAAUGUGAUUUUGAUAUAUUUGAUAUUUACUUCUGUAUAUGAAGUAUCUGCAAUGUUUGUUUUUGUCUGCAAUAAAUAUGGAACUAUAGAUUUAAAAUGUAUACACUUUGAAGUGGAUAAAUGAAUCAUGGCCCCAUGCUUUUCACAUUCAAAGACAUGACUACUCCUGCUUUUAUUACACUUUAAGGGAAAGAUUUAGCAGAGAUCAACAAGCCACAAACUAGCCACAAACUAACCACAACCACAACUAGAGCACAGGUCAGAAGUAAAAGGAGCAGGAGGGAGUUUUACUACAGUGCAUGCUGCCUUCAAUACUGUUGGUAAAUUGCAUGCUUGGACUCCUAUAUAUUCUAUAGGACAGUGGUUCUCAACCUUUUUUCAGUGAUGUACCCCCUGUGAAAUAUUUUUUUCAGCCAUGUACCCCCUAACCAGAGCAAAGCAUUUUUGGUUGAAAAAAAGAUGUAAUACACAGCGCUCUGCCAUCAGUGUCUGAUUUAUUAAACUGUCAACACUGAAGAUUGCAUCGUUGCAUUGAAUUCAGUUCAUGAACUUACAAUUAUAUUUUAUUGAAUAUUUAUUAAAUAACUAUUUUUAAAGGAUUUUUGAAUGGAUGCUAAUUUUAAAUAUAUUUUAAAAAAUCUCACGUACCCCCAGGGGUACACGUACCCCCAUUUGAGAAUCACUGCUAUAGGAGGAUGGUCUAUUAUUAUUUUUCAGUAGCAUAUAUUAAAAAGUAUAUGAACAUUGCAGUUUUGCACAAUUUAAACACCAGCUAAUUCUUUGAAACGGCACUAUGAUUAAAUUAUAUUAUUAUUAUUAUAUUCCUUUAUUGAUCCCCAUGGGGAAAUUCGAGUGUUGCAGCAGCUCAACUACACAGACACAGACAAUAAAUACACAUA